UUUCGCUUGCUCAAUUGCUCAUCUGUGAAAUCGUGCUCACGAACGAACAUACUAUAUUGUUAAGUCGACGAGGCCUGCAAGGGGAACGCCUCCAUCAUGGACAAGAUGCGUAUACUGAAGGAAAGUCGCCCCGAAAUAAUUGUCGGUGGCAAAUAUCGGGUCAUACGCAAGAUAGGCAGCGGCUCUUUCGGUGACAUCUAUCUGGGCAUGAGCAUCCAGAGCGGCGAGGAGGUGGCCAUCAAGAUGGAGAGUGCCCAUGCCCGCCAUCCCCAGCUGUUGUACGAGGCCAAGCUGUACCGCAUUCUGAGCGGCGGCGUUGGCUUCCCACGCAUCCGCCACCACGGCAAGGAGAAGAACUUCAAUACGCUGGUGAUGGACCUGCUGGGGCCCUCGCUGGAGGAUCUGUUCAAUUUCUGUACGCGCCACUUCACCAUCAAGACGGUGCUGAUGCUGGUCGACCAGAUGAUCGGUCGCCUUGAAUAUAUCCAUCUCAAGUGCUUUAUCCAUCGCGACAUCAAGCCGGACAACUUCCUCAUGGGCAUCGGCCGGCAUUGCAACAAGCUAUUCUUGAUCGACUUUGGUCUGGCCAAGAAGUACCGCGACCCCCACACGCGCCACCACAUCUUGUACAGGGAGGACAAGAAUUUGACGGGAACCGCCCGAUAUGCUUCGAUCAAUGCCCAUCUGGGCAUCGAGCAGUCUCGCCGCGACGACAUGGAGUCCCUCGGCUAUGUGAUGAUGUACUUCAAUCGCGGCGUCCUGCCCUGGCAGGGCAUGAAGGCCAACAACAAGCAGCAGAAGUACGAGAAAAUCUCAGAGAAGAAGAUGUCAACGCCCAUCGAGGUGCUGUGCAAGGGUUCGCCGGCCGAGUUCUCCAUGUACUUGAACUAUUGCCGCAGCUUGCGUUUCGAGGAACAGCCAGACUACAUGUACCUACGUCAAUUGUUCCGCAUACUGUUUAGGACGCUUAACCAUCAGUAUGACUACAUUUACGACUGGACAAUGCUGAAGCAGAAGACCCACCAGGGUCAGGCGAAUCCUGCAAUACUCUUGGAGCAAUUGGACAAGGACAAGGAGAAGCAGAACGGCAAGCCGCUGAUCGCGGACUAG